AUGGCUCAUGAAUAUUAUCAUAAAGAUAAAUUUCGUUUAAAUGCAAAACCAAAAACUAGUAAAUUAAUCUUGACAGAAAAACAACGUAAUCAAUUAAAUUAUUUAUUUUCCAUAUCGGAUUCUCCUGGUAACGAAAUUUUUACCACGGAAAUUUGGAAUGAGUCUGCCGAAGAUCAAAAAAAUGCAAAGGAAUAUAUAAUUUAUCAAGGAAUUCCCGUUGAUUUGGUUGAUCCAACAAAUUCUGCUAAUAGAGAUCCCACAAACAGAUGGAAGAUACGUUGGAGUGAUAAAAAAAAUGGUGCUACCCUUUAUCAAUGUAGUUGUGGUUCCGAUAUGCAAGCUGCUAGUAAAACACCUAUACAAAAACAGAGACCUGUCAGGCAAUUAUAUGAAUUUAAUGGUUGCUUGGCUUUUGUAAGGUUGGAAAUCGAUGUUGAUAAAAAAGUUUUUAAAAGGGUUCAUGGUUAUUUGGAUCAUUCAGAAGCGUGUCACCGUUCUUUACCAAAGAAAAAUGCUCCGAAAAUUUCCAUCAAUUGUGAUAUUAGAGAUAUGACCGAAUUAUUAAUUAGAACAAAUGCGUCAACCAAUGAUAUUUUGUCGCUUAAUCAACAACUUGUGAGGCAUCAAUUGGGUGGGAGAUUAAUCUUAAGAAAUGAUUUAAAAGGUAAAGAUGAACAUUUCGUGAUAACAGCAUUUGAUGUCAAAGAUGCUAGACGUUGGAUUAAGAGUCAUCCUCAACCUCAAUGGGACUUUGAUGCUGGUCGUUCCGUUGAACAUAAUUUACGAGAAUUAUUCGGUUCAAAUUCCUCGGAUGCGGAUUUAAGAGAGGCUACUAUUUAUUAUAAACCAAGGGAUAAUCGUUACGAUUAUACACUUUUAAUAUUGGCGACGGAAGAGCAACGUUUGCAGGCAUGGAAGUAUGGGCAUCAAAAAUAUAUAGUAUUAGAUGGGUCCUUCCAGACAGGUAGCAGGAAAUUACAGAUGUAUGUCAUCAUGAUUAUUGAUGAAUAUAAAAGAGGAAUACCGGUCGGUUAUCUUUUAUUCUCAAGGCCUUGUCACACGGAUUUAAUGGUAGCCUCUAAUCACGAAUAUGGAAUAUUGAGACAUCUAUUGGAAACGUAUAAAAAUUUAUUGAGUCAAGAAACUGGUGAAUCAUUCGCUCCUAAGGUUGCUAUAAUUGAUUUUGGUUUUAAAGAACGACUUGCAUGCUCCGAAGUUUGGCCCUGUAUUUAUCUUGUGUUUUCACCUUUUCAAGUGCAUCAGUGUUGGACAAAUAAAAUAGAUCAGUUAUUGGGUAAUGUUGGGGAUAAUGAACUCACAAGACAUCGUAUAGAUAUGAAGAAAUUUCUAAACGAUAUGAUAAUCGACUUACAACAAUGUACAAACGAACAUGAAAUUCGAAUUAAAAUUCAAGAAACGGAAAAAUUCAUAAAGGAUCGGUAUAAUGAGAUUUGUUUGAUAAAUACGAAGAUAUUAGCGUUAUAUGAUGGACAAUUGGAAUUCAUUACGUAUUUAAAAAACGAUUGGGUGAAUGAAUUAAUGCAUAUGUGGACAUUUUAUGGCAGGAAAAAAGCGGCAGAUAUAUUAGAUAUCGAUGUCAAUUCUAUGCCGUGGACAACGGAAUACCUGGAAGGUUUUCGAAGUCAGUUCAAUUCAAAACGUAUAUUAAGAUUUCAACGAAAAGGACACGUUUUACGAUUAGAUGCCUUGGGCGUUAUAGCUUUGUUUGAUCAUCAUAUCAAUACCAUUGCAUUUGAUGAUUUAGAUCCACGAAAGGAAGAGGAAGCAAAUUUAUUUUUAAUCAAAGAAAAAAUUAAAUUCAUCGAAUUUAAUGGACAAUAUCUUUUCGUUAGAAUUCAAUGCGAUGUAAAGAAUCCAGAAUAUGUUCCAAGUAAUAAAAAUAUGGAUUAUUAUAUCGUUUGUCUUGCACCAUUAAUAAGUUGUCAUUGUUUUAAUUUCCUUCUUCGUGGAGGUGCAUGUUCUCAUAUACGAGCAGCCAUCAAAGUCGUUAAUUGGAUGCGACAAGAGCCGAGAACAAGAAGCUAUUUUAAUAAUUUGGAACAUUGGGAAAUGCCCCACGUUCGGUUAAACUCGCGGUUUGAUAAAUGUGCAUUUGGAGUGGGGACAAGUUCAGCAAUGAACGAAGGAACUUCAGCACAAAAUCCAAUUGCAAUAAACGAUACAAGUUCAACACAGUCUAUUACCAAUUCUUUAAUAGGCUCAACGGAAAAAGAGAGGAUGAUUCAAUCUUGGAACAACGACCUAUCGUUUAAUACAAAUAGAUUGAUGGGAAACAUGAACGAUUUAAUAACGGUUUUUAAAAAGCUUGGUCAAAAUCAAACAAACAUUCCUGAUGGAAUAUCAGAAGACUUGAAAAUUCUUGAUAAUGAAUUACUCACAAGAUUAAAUACGUUAAUACAAUGUGAUAAAUCAAAAGAAUUAAUGACGACAUUGUGGCAGAUAAGACAAAAUCUUGAUCCCAUCACAAACAAAAGCGAUGAUUUGUCAAAAAAUUAA